AGAGAGAGAGAGAGCAAGCGAGAGUGAGGACGCUGGGCUGGAGACUGAAGAGAAGCUACUGCAAGUCCCCCAUCUCAGCCACCCAGCGGGUCUGAACACAUCUGCUAUAUGGACUAGAGUGGUCGGCAGGCCCCUUUCNGAUCUUGUCCCCCUGCCCUUCCCUCGUAGUCUCUGCAUUUCUCCCCCAAAGUGGCAUUAGCAGGCUUGAGGCUCCCAGGGGAUAGGAACGCCUGGCCUGGCGUGCUUAGCACCGCACCAUGACCCUCCUGCUGGUGUCCCUUUUGCUGGCCUCUCUGCUUCAGAUCAGCUCUGGCAACAAAGCCAACAAGCACAAGCCAUGGAUCGAGGCAGAGUACCAGGGCAUUGUCAUGGAGAAUGACAACACGGUCCUGUUGAACCCACCACUCUUUGCCUUGGAUAAAGAUGCUCCACUGCGCUAUGCAGGUGAGAUCUGCGGCUUCCGGCUCCAUGGAUCUGGGGUACCCUUCGAGGCUGUGAUCCUGGACAAGGCAACGGGUGAAGGGCUGAUCCGGGCUAAGGAGCCCGUGGACUGUGAGGCCCAGAAGGAACACACCUUUACCAUUCAGGCUUAUGACUGUGGCGAGGGACCNGAUGGCACCAAUACCAAGAAGUCUCACAAGGCAACCGUGCAUGUUCGGGUCAAUGAUGUGAAUGAGUUUGCCCCGGUCUUUGUGGAGCGUCUGUACCGUGCUGCAGUGACGGAGGGGAAGCUGUAUGAUCGGAUCUUACGUGUGGAAGCCAUUGAUGGNGACUGCUCCCCGCAGUACAGCCAGAUCUGCUACUAUGAGAUCCUUACACCCAACACCCCUUUCCUCAUUGACAAUGAUGGCAACAUUGAGAACACAGAGAAGCUACAGUACAGUGGCGAGAAACUCUACAAGUUCACAGUGACAGCGUAUGACUGUGGGAAGAAGCGAGCGGCAGAUGAUGCUGAGGUGGAGAUCCAGGUGAAGCCCACCUGCAAACCCAGCUGGCAAGGCUGGAACAAAAGGAUUGAAUAUGCCCCAGGAGCUGGNAGCUUGGCUUUGUUCCCUGGCAUCCGUCUGGAGACCUGUGAUGAGCCACUGUGGAACAUUCAGGCCACCAUAGAGCUGCAGACCAGCCAUGUGGCCAAGGGCUGCGACCGAGACAACUACUCAGAGAGGGCUCUGCGGAAGCUCUGUGAAAAGAGCAGGCCUUCUAAGGACAUUAACCAAGCACAACAAAACAAGCUACAGUACGACAAGGCAGCCCUGCUGCUAGGCCUGGGGAUGUGUAGGACUGUGCUGUUUCNAGGACGUGGAGGAGGGUUGGGGCUAGUUCCUUCGAGAACAAGUAACUGGGAGGCUCUUGCCCUUGCUUUGCACCCCCAGGUGUGUGACGAUGAGUGGCAUCACUAUGCCCUGAACCUGGAGUUCCCCACGGUCACCCUGUAUACUGACGGCAUCUCCUUCGACCCGGCUCUCAUCCACGACAAUGGUCUCAUCCACCCACCCAGGAGGGAACCUGCGCUCAUGAUUGGGGCCUGCUGGACUGAAGAGAAGAACAAAGAGAAGGAGAAGGGGGGAGAGAACAGUACAGACACAACCUCAGGAGACCCCUUGCUGAUCCACCACUACUUCCAUGGCUACCUGGCUGGUUUCAGCGUGCGCUCAGGUCGCCUGGAGAGCCGUGAGGUCAUCGAGUGCCUCUAUGCAUGUCGGGAGGGGCUGGACUAUAGGGAUUUCGAGAGCCUGGGCAAAGGCAUGAAGGUCCACGUGAACCCCUCGCAGUCCCUGCUCACCCUGGAGGGGGAUGAUGUGGAGACCUUCAACCAUGCCCUGCAGCAUGUGGCUUACAUGAACACUCUGCGCUUUGCCACACCCGGCGUCAGGCCCCUGCGCCUCACCACCGCUGUCAAGUGUUUUAGUGAGGAGUCCUGUGUCUCCAUCCCUGAAGUGGAGGGCUAUGUGGUGGUUCUUCAGCCCGACGCCCCCCAGAUCCUUCUGAGUGGCACAGCUCAUUUUGCCCGCCCAGCUGUGGACUUUGAGGGACCCGAGGGAGUCCCCUUGUUCCCCGAUCUUCAGAUCACCUGCUCCAUUUCUCACCAGGUGGAGGCCAAAGCAGAUGAGAGUUGGCAGGGCACAGUGACAGACACACGCAUGUCAGAUGAGAUUGUACACAACUUGGACGGCUGUGAGAUUUCUCUGGUGGGGGAUGACCUAGACCCUGAACGAGAGAGCCUGCUCUUGGACAUGGCUUCCCUGCAGCAGCGAGGCCUGGAACUCACCAACACAUCUGCCUACCUCACCAUUGCUGGGGUGGAGACCAUCACUGUGUAUGAAGAGAUCCUGAGGCAGGCUCGUUAUCAGCUUCGGCACGGAGCUGCCCUUUAUGCCAGGAAAUUCCGGCUUUCUUGCUCGGAGAUGAAUGGCCGAUACUCCAGCAACGAAUUCAUCGUGGAGGUCAACGUCCUGCAUAGCAUGAACCGGGUGGCCCAUCCCAGCCAUGUGCUCAGUUCACAGCAGUUCCUGCACCGGGGUCACCAGCCUCCUCCUGAGAUGGCUGGACACAGCCUGGCCAGCUCCCACCGGAACUCCAUGGUCCCCAGUGCUGCGACUCUCAUCAUUGUGGUAUGCGUGGGCUUUCUGGUGCUUAUGGUUAUCCUCGGCCUCGUUCGGAUCCACUCCCUUCAUCGCCGCGUCUCAGGAACUGGCGGACCUUCAGGGGCUUCCACUGACCCGAAGGACCCUGACCUCUUCUGGGAUGACUCUGCUCUCACCAUUAUCGUCAAUCCCAUGGAGUCCUACCAGAACCAGCAGACCUGUGUGGCAGGGGUGGCUGGUGGCCAGCAAGAGGAAGAGGACAGUAGUGACUCCGAAGCAGCCGACUCCCCCAGCAGUGAUGAGAGACGCAUCAUUGAGAGCCCCCCACACCGCUACUGAGGCUCCAACCCUGCCAAGAGAGAGAGGCCUGCCCUGGGGAGACAGGCACUCAGGAAAAAAGGGAGAACGGCGGCAUUUUGAGAGAAGAGAGACCGAGGGGGGAGAAAGAGUUCUUUAUUUGGAGCAGUCCUUCAAUCUCAGAAUCCCAGGAGGCCCCACAGGGGUUGCCCUCCUCCUUCAGCCUGCCCCUGCCUUGGGCUGCCCUUCCCCUGGCGUGCUCCUGAGGCGUCUGCCCCAGCUGGCUGCCCUGGGAGAGUGGCUGGAUGGCUUUGGCCCUGUAGCCUACCUGUGGCAGCACACCGUGCCAGCCAUGCACUGUAUUAGGGAGGGGGAUGUCAACUGCUUUGGUUGAGGUGGGAAUGCAAUUGAUGGGCGCCUGCUGCUGUGUCCUUCUCUACUCUGUUCUGUCCGUGAGGGCCUUCCUUCUGUUGCCCCUCCCCCUCCCGCUUCCCCUAGGAUCCCCUCGCCUCUAUUUCCAUUUCACUCUGGGGAUCCCUGCUCCUCCCUCUUCUCAGCCUCCUCCCUCUUUUGUCCUCUUUUCCUCUCCUGCCUGAGCAGUACCAAGGUCUUACUGUCUCUAUUCCUUUCUCCAUGGCCUGCUUUGCCUAGGUUGUGGGGAAGGAGGAGGAGGGGGACCCUCGGGGUGUAUUAUAUAUAGUGUAUAUUUUUUCAAUGUUGUCGUGAGCGCAGCUCCUGUGUUUCUGUGUGCAGCUCACAGCCUUGUAUGUGUGCGUGUGCGUGGCAUCGUCAUGUCCUGGGGUGAGGGUAGGGGAUGGGUGUGGUAAAGGAGGGCCNCACCCUAGGGUUUUCAAAUAAA